ACACUUAACCCGGAAGUACAGCUGCGGCUGGGUCCUACUGACACUAAGAAGAAACGUUCCGAGUGCCAAAGGUUCCGGACGGCUGUGCAUCGGGGAUAGAGAUGUCACAGAUUUCAGACCUUCAGGGACAUGAAGACAUUGGGCCGAUCUAUGUACGGGAAAAAGGUCAGCUGUCACUGGCAGGAUCUCAUUGUGUCCGGAUCAAGACUCCUCCUGUUAGACUCUUCUCCAAAGGCUUUUCAGUGGAACUAUGCGUGAAACAAGGCGAUACAUGUAAACCUAAGGAGAAGCCAUUUAUUUUUACAUACACUGAGCAGGGAAGCUUGCGGUAUUCUGCUAAGUCCUUGUUCACUUUGGCUCUUGAUCUCAUUGCGGACAAUAUUCAGCACGUAGACUCCCUGCUUGGGUUUCCUGAGCAAGUUGCAGAGAGACUGUUCACAGCCGCAGAAGCCCGGCAACAGUUCUGUCAUCCACAGAGUGGACUCAAAGCCCUGUGCAAGUUCACAGAGGCCUAUGGAGACUUGAUGCUGUCAUCACUGUGUCUGCGGGGCAAGUACUUGCUUGUUUCUGAAAAGUUGGAAGAAAUCCGAUCAUUCCAUGGUCUUCACAGCUUGGACUUGUCGUGUUGUAAACUUGGAGAUGAACACGAGCUGCUUGCGCACCUUUCCUCUCAGGCUAUGGACAGCCUGAGGGAGCUUUACUUAAAGGAUAAUUGUCUGUCUGACAUUGGGGUCAGGAAGCUAUCUGCUCCUGUCCGAGUGCUGCAGAGAGGCCUUGGGAAACUGACACUUCUAGACAUGUCAUGUAAUCCGGAGAUCACAGACACAGGGGUGGCCUUCCUGCUUGGAUUUAGACAUCUUAGAUUUCUGGAUGUCUCUGAUACAGGUGUGCAGGAUCCCAUUGCGACCUGUAAGAAAAUCCAAACAAGGACGGGGCUGGUUCAUUCCAAGAAUCCUUUAAACCAGUUUGAUCAUGUGGACUGCAGGACUCAAGGUUGGGCCGAGCAGCUUUUUUGUCUGUGGGAUCAGAUGGUAUUGUCGGCUGUUAAACCAAAGAAAGUCUUGAAAUCCAGAACAGUGGCUCAGCAAUUCUAUGGAAAAGAAAAGGUAAAUCCUCAAGAUGUGGAGACCCCAGUGUUACCUGAGACACCGGCAGCCACCACAAAGCACCUACAGUUCUACAGAGCAGAGGUGGUGAAGAAUCCUGCCCCGGCUGUAUCUCAUUCAGGACAUUAUCCGCUGAAAAGAGGUAAGGAAGAAAAACAUGCGGAAGGUGCGGCUUCUUCUCAGCCUGCAAAAAAGUCACGUGUGGUCCUUACAACAGAGGACUGGGACUUACUGAACUCUUACUGAGCCCAUUGUACAAGCAUGAUGCCCGGGAUAGCUCCAUAUACUGUGCUCCACUAUGGCAGAGGAACUCCUACAGCCUGGAACUACAACUCUCAGCAUGGCAUUACAGUAGCACACAUGGUGCUCUUUAGAGAUGAGCGAACUUACAGUAAAUUCGAUUUGUCACGAACU